GUGUUCCGUACUUGACAUCCGUCGACAACUGACACUACACUCUACACUACUAUGCUCGGUGUGGAGCUUUAACGCCAACCAACCGAUACAGAUACGAGUGUAGAGUACAGAGUACCGAGUAAUAAACCAAGUGAGAAAAGAGGACACAAACUUUUAUCUUUCUCUCUUUCAGGUUUAUAGUGUAGCUGUUGUCGUUUGUCGUCGGAUUGACGACGCGGACGCGAGUCUAUAAAACAUGCGCGCGCGUGUCUCACAGCAUCGAUAAAAGCGUAACGCGUUCGAGCAACCGUGCAUUUCUCGCGUGUCUACUCUGCUAUUUAGUUCAUGCUGACAACAAUUAAAAACAACGACGAUUAUUAAUCACAAUCAACAACAAACACUCAUUUAAAAGCAAUAAUCAUAAAAAAAAAUUACAGGAGCUUUGUCACGUAAAUAAGUUUUCAUUUUCUAUUUAACUUUCAAUCUCUUUAUUCAUUUAUUAACUCGGUGCAUCGCUGCAUUUAAUAAAUUCAAUUGCAUUCAUACAUUCUGUAUCAACCCAUUGAUAAAAACGUGUGACAAGUUUAUUCACCGACAGAUGAAUAAGUAAUUUUAAUCGGCAUUACCAUUUUACUUUUUAAAUUUUAAAAUAACAAGUGUUGCCAAUUAUUUCAAGUGAAGUGUUAUUCAAAACUAUUUUUAAUUGCAUUUAUUUUGUGCGACGAUAAUUAAUUUUUAAAGAACAUAAAAAAUUUAUAGUACUAACUGUGGAGUUUAAUUGCAAACUUGAGGCUGAUUUAAAAAGAUUGCUAACAAGGAGAUUGCUCGAGGAUUAAUUUUAAUCUAAUCUGAUGAGAUAAUCAGACAGAGCAGUGAUGCCAACCUCGAGAGUAUAAAAAAUCAGGAGGACGCAAUGGUACGGAGACGAGUAGUUCCGGAAACCAGUGGUGGAAUGCCAGCAAUUUUGCUCACAAUUAUCUUCCCCCUAGUCCUCCUCAUCACAACGACCUCCACAUCAGUGUUAGCCGUACCAAAUGUGCGCUCAGAAUCAGCCUCUGGGCCUGCGAAUAGCGUCAACCCUCUGUCAGGAGCCUCUUCCUCAGCUUCAGUCUCUUCUGGGUCCUCCGGUUCCUCGGGCUCCUUGCUCCCAGGAUCCUCCUCUGGCGCAGGUGUCCCGGCAGCCGGUUCGGGAGCCUCGUCAAUAUCAGCAGUGUCAUCCUCAUCAUCCUCGUCGACGUCCUCGAGUGGGUCAAUCGGAGCGAUUCCAGGAGCAGGUGUCGGUCUAGGAGAUGGAUUGGCAGGUAUCGGCCACUCAUCAUCCGUUCUUGCGUCAAGUGCCAACGGAAAUGGCAGGUGUGAGGACAUCACGAUCCCGAUGUGUCGCGGAAUCGGGUACAACCUGACAGCGAUGCCGAACGAGCUGAACCACGACACUCAGGACGAAGCGGGGCUGGAGGUCCAUCAGUUCUGGCCGCUAGUAGAGAUAAAAUGCUCUCCGGACUUGAAAUUCUUCUUAUGCUCGAUGUACACGCCGAUCUGCUUGCCGGAGUACAGCAAGCCCUUACCAGCUUGCCGAAGCGUCUGCGAGAGGGCUCGGGCAGGUUGUGCGCCGCUGAUGCAGCAGUACGGCUUCUCCUGGCCGGAGAGAAUGGCCUGCGAGCGGCUGCCCAACCAGGGCGACCCGGAAAACCUCUGCAUGGAGCAAGACAACCACACCAGCAGCGGUGGCUCAGGAGGGUCAGGAGGCCCAGCUAGCAUGGCUCCCCUUCCGCCAGGCCCUCCGCGGCCCCCUCGACCCACUAAACCAUCAACGACCUCUCGUUGCAAAGGCAAGAACUCAAAAAACUGUCAGCAUCCUCCAGGGGAAAGGGCAAGGGACUGCUUGUGCCGUUGCAAAGCUCCCCUCGUGCCUCUGGGGGUAACAAGCAGCGGCAUAGGCACAAGCGGCCACGCGGCGGGAAUCCUGGGAGUGGGGGCCGGAACCACCCACAUCGUCGGGGUCCCGGUGUCGCCAAUCGGACUGGACACGAUAACCCUGACAAACAACCCGAACUACCCGGGCAUUGCCGGGGUAAGAGACUGCGCUCUGCCCUGCCACGGAGUACUCCUGUCCCCCGAGGAGAGAGGCUUCGCAGCGGUCUGGUUAACUCUCUGGAGCGGCCUCUGCGCCGCAAGCACCCUCACAACCGUAAUCACCUUCCUCAUCGACACCCAGCGGUUUAAGUACCCGGAAAGGCCGAUCGUUUUCUUAUCAGCUUGCUACUUCGUCGUAUCUUUAGGCUACUUAGCAAGGAGUGUGUUAGGACACGAGGAGAUCGCUUGCGAUGGUCCAGCGCUGAGAUCAGGAGCUCAAGGUCCAGGAACCUGCGUCACCGUUUUUCUCAUGAUUUACUUCUUCGGAAUGGCCUCGUCAGUCUGGUGGGUCAUCUUGGCGUUCACCUGGUUCCUGGCAGCAGGUCUCAAGUGGGGAAAUGAAGCGAUAACUUCCUACUCUCAAUACUUUCAUUUGGCAGCCUGGCUAGCCCCGACAGCUCAGACGGUCUGGGCCCUUUUGGCCGGGGGAAUUGCUGGGGAUCCAGUGGCCGGAGUCUGUACAGUCGCGCCAGAGGGAGUCCAGAAAUUCAUCCUCGUACCUCUUCUAGUCUACUUACUCCUUGGGACGAGUUUUCUCCUGGCCGGGUUCGUCAGUCUCUUCAGAAUACGUUCGGUGAUCAAAAGACAGCCCGGCGCGAAGGCGGACAAGCUGGAGAAGCUGAUGAUCCGGAUCGGAGUCUUCUCGGUGCUGUACACAGUUCCAGCUAGCGCAGUCUUGGGAUGCUACUUGUACGAGUCGACUCAACGCGACGAGUGGAUCGCUCACCUGGCGUGUCCUUGCAGGCCGCAGUCAAAGCCCAUCUAUUCAAUCCUGAUGCUGAAGUACUUCAUGGCGCUGGCGGUGGGAAUAACCUCUGGAGUCUGGAUCUGGAGUGGAAAGACUCUGGACUCCUGGAGGCGGCUCUGGAGACGCUUGUUCGGCGGCGGAGUCACCGCUGGCGGAAACACCGGCCUCGCGGGAGUUACAGGAGUCAGCGGGAUCGGAAGCGCGAGCAUGAAGGGACGGUCUAUGAUGCCCAGCUACGCAGCCUCCGGGCCUGGAAGCGCGCUCCUGCCACCUGGGAGCGUCGCCAGCGCCUCUCAACACCACUUGCAUCAUCAUGUACUGAAACAACCCCCGCUGUCGCAUGUAUGACGUCACCAGUCGGCGGGAGGCGACAUGAACUCGGCUGGGUGCGAGCCCCAGUCACAGCUACAGCAGUCACAGUUACAGCAGCAGCAACACAACGAAAGGCCUUCCGCCCUGAGCAACUACGGACCCAUUUAGCCCUUCGCCUCCGCCUCGUCCAGGAGGCACACACCCGCCCACACUGCGCCACACACCCCACACAGUGCUGCCACUAUCUACUCCAGACGCUCGCUGGCUUCUACCACGGGACCUCUCACCCCUGCCCACGGUCUCGCGCCCUCUUACACUCAAGCUACCGAUGUCUGAUCCAACCUUUCAUCUUCUUUUGGUAACAACCUGUGGUAGCUUUUUUGAUUAAUUUAUUAAUUCAUUAAUUAAUGUAGCAAACUAAUUUAUUUAUUGAAUUAGUGAGUGGAAAAAAUGAAUCCCGGAAAAAAUAAACCAGAAAAAAUAGACCUGGAAAAAAUUUUA